CCGGACGCAGACGCGCCGCGCCGCUGCCGACUAUCAGGGCACCCAGCCAAGCUGACGAUGAAGUGGACUGUGGUGCUGCUGGUAUCGCUGUUCUGCGGUCUGACCGCGGCCAAAUGCAAGUACCGCCGGGAUGGUGACUGGGGCGCGUGCUCGGCUGAGGGCGUUCGCUCCCGUACGGACGUGCUGAAGGCCGAGAAGUCGGACCCCUCCUGCCAGGCCUCCCGCAACAUCACCAAAGUCUGCCGCGAAGAUUGUCAGUACGUGCGCCGGCGCCAGGCCAGCUGGGCCGAGUGCGACCGCACCUCCAACACGAUCGCGGCCACGCGCACCCUGGUGAGCGGCGACGGCUGCCCGGCGCAGGUCAUAGAGCUGUUCGACUGCCGCAUCCAGCGCCGGUUCGGCCAGGGCGGCCGCCGUCGCCGGCCUGGCAAGAAGGCCGGCGGCAGGAGGAAGGGACAGAAGAAGCAGCAGCGGCGCAAGGACAAACAGCAGCGUCGCACGCAGCGGAAACAGGGGCGACAGCAGCGCCGUCAGAAUCAGAACAGGAAGAGCCAGAACUAACGAUCAGUUCUUCAGCGGCUAGGUGGCAGCACUCGCUUGAUUUAACGGUGCCCGAGAAUCUUACCUGUGCGGGCUUGCUGCUCAACGUCAUCUACGCGUGCAAAAGUAUUGUAAAAAACCACCAAUCGGUAUGAUUUGAUGUAACACGCAGCGAGUGGCCAAUGCGUGACACUCCGACACUACUCGAGUGGCAGAUGUUGGACGUGCGGUGUUCGCGGACGCGCCCCGUACGGAACAAGUGGGUAUCGAUGGCCAUCGUGCGCGCUCUUGCCUCCCCAAUAUGUGUAGCGGCCAGACGUGUCGGGCCUAUGUCCUUCGUUGCAGCAUGAUUCCGGGACAAGCUGUCCUGCCUCUGCUGCAGCGCCGCUCCUUAACGCGUGUCAUUUCGGGGACUGCCGCAGGAAGCCACGGUCAUUGGAGGACUCCUCAUGACGAAAGUGCUAUGUUGUCACUGUUCACGUGUCUCCAACGAUUGUUGGCAUUUUUGGAUGCUUGAUAAUAGUUUGUCAAAAAUGGGAUGUAGUCUUGCGCAGUGAUGUACAUCUUUCAGAUGCGUAAAAGAUUCCGGUGUCAAGUAUGUCCAAAAGUAGAGCAGCUUGCGCUGAGCCCUGCAUUGUUUGCUACUGCUGCGAUUAGUGCUAUUGUUAGACCUUAUCAACCUGCAUACAUUCUCAACUUUGCGUGUCUAUUUGUCGUUGUCAGCAUCGUUGCGAAACUUUUGAACGUUCCAUGUUAAACCAGUUUUUUACCGACGGGCGGUCAGAGGAAGCUGUGCCAUUUCUUGCGUUUUACCUUUUUUGGUAGUAUUGAGCUGGCUCAUUGGAACGCAAACGAAUUUUGACGUUUUAAGUGAUUGACUUUAAUAGCAUAGUCAUGAUGGUAUUCCAUGCCUAUGGCAGUCCAUCACCGUCGUACUUACCAGCGACCGUUCAUUCAGGACACCCUGCUCGGACAUGCGCCUCUGACUGUUUAGCGGCCGGUGUGAUGUGUUUAUGUUUCAUCGUGCAGGGUGCGUGGUCGGUCUGUGUUCAAAGGUAUCUAAAUAAAAUUUGCAUUCCGCCUG